AUGACAUCUUCGUCGAGUGGCACUUUCAGCAGCCACCGUAGGUCUUCUAGUCGGGAUUAUGAUACGGGCUUUCCAGAAAUGCCUAGAACGACGAAUUGGAGGCACCCGGAAGCAAACACAUCACCAGAUGCAUGCAUUUCCGCCGAGGAUGUUGAUGUGGCGAAGGCUGCCCACAGGCAUCGCAGGUCGUUCCUAUACCACAAGUAUAAGCGUACAACCAGCCACGGAUUCAUCGCCUCCGCAAUGGAACAGGAAUACCUUACUCCUAAAGAGAAGGCGGCACUUGAAGCAUCGGACAGCGCAAUAGGCUUGGAGGACAGCAAUGCACUUGUCGCAGGUGAAAAUCCCGCAAGACUUUCCAAAGACGGUACCGAAAGUAUGGAUCGCAUGGACGGAUCUCCAGCAAGUCUAGCAGACUCCCAUUUUGAGCAUGGAGAGUCACCACGCAAAAGAAGCCUGUUUAGCCGAAUACGCAGCCACAGCAUAAGACAUCAUUCGGGGGACUAA